AUGUCUGCUAUCCCAAAGGGAUCGCUUGUCCUCGUCACUGGCGCAAAUGGUCUCGUAGGUUCCCAUGUUGUUGACCAGCUUCUCGCUGCUGGCUACAACGUCAGGGGCACUGUCCGAACAGAAAGCAAAGGCGCUUGGCUUAAGACUUACUGCGAUGACAAGUAUGGUGAAAAUCGAUUUCAAGUUGCACUUGUACCAGACAUGGCUUCCAAAGGCGCUUUCAAUGAGGCUAUCAAAGACCCGUCUAACUCUCUCAAGGUAAUUCCCGGGGUUGUUCAAGGCAUCAGAGAUGUGCUCGAGUCUGCACUAUCCGAGCCGAGCGUGAAACGCUUCGUCUUCACCUCCUCCUCUACAGCAGCGACAAACCCCAAGCCAGACGUCUCCUUCUCCAUCCCAGGAGACAUGUGGAACGCCGAAACAGUAGAGCAAGCCUGGGCGCCUCCACCUUAUACCCCUGAUCGUAAGUGGGACGUAUACGGCGCGAGCAAAACGCAAGCCGAACAGGAGCUCUGGAAGUUUGUCAAUGACCACAAAAAGGACAUUGGGUUCGUAGCUAAUGCUAUUCUGCCAAAUGCGAUGUUUGGACGUAUCAUCGAUCCAACCAAUCAGCCCGCCAGUACCGCUGGAUGGAUUACUGGGCUGUACUCCAAUGGUUUCACCUAUCAGCAAGAUAUCGCGCCUCAAUACUUCAUCAACGUCGCCGACUCCGCACGCCUCCAUGUCGCCGCCCUGAUCGACACCACGAUCGCUAAUGAGCGCAUCUUUGGUUUCAAUGGACCUUUCAAUUGGAACGACAUCCUUCGCGUUUUGCGAAAGCUUAGACCAAACCAUAAGCUGCCCGAGGAUCUUGAGGACAACAAGCAGGAUCUGAGUAAGGUCUUGAAGAGGGGACGUGCGGAAGAUAUUCUGAAGAAACAUUACGGUGUGGGUUUCACGUCGUUGGAAGAGACUUUGAAGGCAAAUAUUGCGCAUCUGGAAUGA